UGCUGGACACAACACAUGGCCCAUGCGCUGCUCCACUUGUGACAAGCACUGCGACAUGCCUAAAUGAGGCAGAGACAGCGUCCCUGAACAUGACUAGAUGCUAAUUCUGUCGAAUAUACACGUAUUUACUGCAAAGAGAAGACUGGCGCACGUACAGACUCCUUGACAUCUCUUCUCCCUACAGUUCUCUUUUCAUCCAUUCGUCCUUCCAUCCGCCUGUGGACCUACAGAUAUGCGACAUGCUCCAUGGAGAUUGCUGUAGAUGGCUGAAGAGCUGUGUACUGGCUGGUUUCGCAUUGUUGCAGGCUCCUUGGAGAUAGAGGAAUGCAAAUCUGCAAUCAUGAUGGAAGGUUUGAAAAAACGUACCAGGAAGGCCUUUGGGAUACGGAAGAAAGAGAAGGGAGACAAGGACAAUGACUCCACGGGGUCCCCUGACAGAGAUGGGGGUUCCCAGAAGAAGGCCAAUGGAGCAGCUGUCAAUGGGUUCUCUGGAGAGAUCGACUGGGACAGAUAUAACACCCCUACAGUGGACGAUGAAGGUUACAGUCUCAGGCCAGAUGAGGAGGAGGGGCCAGGAUCGGCCGGCCCCAAACCCCCCAAGGAGCACUUCUUCUCCUCCAGCGAGUCAGAGGGAGAGGAGGACCACCGGAAAAAGUUUAAGAUCAAGAUCAAACCGUUACCAGCGGAAAGUGCCAACUGUUUGGCCCCGUCAGUAGAUGAACUCAAAGCCUCCAUAGGCAACAUAGCUCUGUCUCCCUCUCCUCUGAGGAGUAGUCCGAGACGUAGCCCGGGGUUGAUGAAUAAGGACUGUAGUGAAGAGAUACAGGUAGCUCGGCCAAGACGUUCUGCACCCAUUGCAGCCCCCACGUUAGCAGCCCCGGUGCUACAAGCCCCCAGAAGUAAGAAAUCGCCAGCAGUACCACUACCAGAGAAGGAACCAGCCCCAGUACCAGUACCAGCCCCAGUACCAGCCCCAGCCCCAGUACCAGUACCAGCCCCAGUACCAGCCCCAGUACAAGCACCAGUACCAGUACCAGAGGACGCUACAGCCUUAUUUGGACCUCCCCUGGAGACAGCCUUCAGAGAGCAGAAAACUGAAGUGGGAAUAUCUGAGCAGGUGGUGUGUGAUGUGUGGGGUGCUCCUCUACCUGAGUCUGAGUCACUGAGCCCAGACUUCUGUUUCACCAGAACCUUCUCCACAGGAACUCCGCCUCCGCUUCCGCCAAAGAAUGUCCCGACCUCCCCUCCUCCGACCAGCUCCCCCUCUGCAGAUGCUGCCGGAGCAUCCUCUCCAGCUCGUCCUGCUACACCGUCAACUCCAUCAGCGGUUUUCAGCAGCCCUCCCCCUCCCCCUCCACGCCCCACCUCACGACCCAAAUUGCCCCCUGGGAAACCCAGCAAGGGGGACAUGAGCCGGCCCUUCAGUCCCCCGGGCAGUCACUCGUCCAGCCCCCCUUCCAUUGCCCCCCUGGCCCAGGCUGAGAGCACUUCCUCUAUCUCCUCCAACAACUCCCUGAGUGCAGCCACCACCCCCACCGUCGGUAAAAAUCUCACCCUUUCUGUGUCAGAAGAUGAUGCAUUUGUAGACAAACUGCCUACAUUUGGGAGGCCUUUUGAUUCUCUGGCAGGCUGCUCCAGGGGACCCAGCCCUCUCACCAUGGGUGCCCAGGACACCCUUCCGGUGGCGGCAGCUUUUACUGAAACAGUCAAUGCCUUCUUCAAAGGAGCCAACCCUAACAAGUGUGUUGUGAAGAUCACAGGCGAGAUGGUGCUGUCGUUUCCAGCGGGGAUCACACGCCACUUUGCCAAUAACCCGUCCCCUGCCGUGCUAACCUUCAGCAUAACCCACUACAGCUGGCUGGAGCAUGUGCUGCCUAAUCCCCAGCUACUCUGCUGUGACACCGCCACAACACCCAACCCUGACUGCAAGACCUUCUGGGUGAACAUGCCAAACCUGAUGACCCAUCUAAAGAAGGUGGCUGAGCAGAAACCCCAGGCCACAUACUACAAUGUGGACAUGCUCAAAUACCAGGUAUCAGCGCAAGGCCUCACGUCGACCCCCCUGAACCUGGCAGCCAGUUGGCGGUGUGAACCCACCAGCACGGACCUCCGGAUAGACUACAAGUACAAUGGCGGCUCCAUGACAACGCCCGUGGCGCUCAACAACGUCCAGUUCCUGAUCCCCGUAGACGGAGGGGUCACCAAGCUACUGGCUGUGCUUCCCCCUGCCGCAUGGAAUGCAGAGCAGCAAAGAAUCCUGUGGAAGAUUCCUGAUAUUUCCCAGAAAUCUGAAAAUGGAGGUAUUGGCUCAUUGUUGGCACGGUUCCAGCUGUCGGAGGGCCCCAGUAAACCCUCUCCCCUGGCGGUUCAGUUCACCAGCGAGGGCAGCACUCUGUCAGGCUGUGAUAUAGAACUGGCUGGGCCAGGGUACCGCUUCUCACUCAUCAAGAAGAGGUUCGCUGCAGGAAAAUACUUGGCAGACAACUGAUACUUCAUACUACUACUGAACAAAUACACUGGAGAUCAUCAUCUCAAUGGACUAAUGAAAUCCUAUACUACAGAGGACAGACCUACACCACCACCUCCCUACAGACAGACACUUCUUUCUAAACCCGCGAGACAGACAGGCCAAGGCCACACAGCCUACUGUACCCAGCAGUAUUGUAUAGCUUGCAUAUAGUCUCGUGGACCGUUUUAGGGUGUAAUUAUUGUAUUUGUAAAAUGUAUUAAAAUGUAUUAAUUUCAGAACAUCUGUAUUGCUGCUGCUCUAGACAUCCACCCGGGUUUCCCUCUCUAAAGGUACAUGCUUCUGCCUCUCUAUCCCACUCUCUAACGUGUGGUGUUCAAACACUGCUACAGCUACCUAGCUACUCAACCGCAAAAUCAUGGUCUCAACCGUGAACCUAACACAUAAUACACUGAGUAUAUUUUGAUGCAACAACAAAUAUGUGGUAUUAGGAGAGGAUGUAUGAAAAGACCAUUGGGUUGUGCCAUUGAGUGAACUAAGAUGAAUAGACGCACCAUGAUGUCACACUCCUCCAUUCAGUUUAAGGGAGGGGCUAAUUCUUGCUUCUCGCAUGCCUCUGAUUGGACACGGUUAGAGCUACCAUGGAAUUCUGGGUAUUGGAGUUUUUAUGUUGUUGGGUUUUUAACAGUUAAUGCGUUACACACUGGCAUAGCAGGUUUAAAGGACAUUGUUCAUUUGGAUGGUGACCAUUAGCGGACUCCUCUCUCUUCUUUGAAUGCAGUGAUUUAACAUCGGCUUCAAACAUAUACUCUCAACAUUUUCCUCAGAAAUUAUCAGAAAGUCCUGAGUAGUUAGGCAGCUGCUACAAUAAAUACAUUCUUGGUUGCAAUAUAAAACAAAUAUAAUGUUUCCCUCAAUAAAUAAACCUGUACAAAGUCUUAUUUUAAAUGAAUAAUAUAUAUCUGAAAGGGCGUUUGGUGUUUUCCUUCCUUUCUGUUGUUCCUGACACAGCAGUGGUAGACGUACUUCAGAGUACAUUACAGCAUUCUAUUUUUAUUUAUUGAUGAUAAUGAUUUUAAAAGUAUGUAAAAAAGUAUGUGAUUCUGUAUAUGAAUAGAAUUUCAAUGGUAUUGUAAUUUAGAAUGAAGGUAUAAAUAUUCUAAUGAUCUUUUGUUAUCUGUGUAGUUGGGUAACCUGUGUACAGUAUAAUGUAUAAGGUAUAAUUUUAGAAUUUAUUUCAGAUAUAUAAUUUUUUAACUCAAGUGCAUCAGAAGGUUUGACUACAGUAUAUAUGCGCGUGGGGGGAUAAAAUAAAAAAACUUGAUGAAUAGCACCUGGAUGUGUACGUCAGGCUGUAUGAAAGCAGUGUUAUUUAGAGUUACACUAAUAGUUAUUACCUUGGAUGAUCAGUCAGGUUUUGACUAUGUUCUGCUCUGUUUCCAUUCACCUCAAUGUGUUAUUCUGCAUCAAACAGCAUGAACUCCCCUUCGGAUCAAACCAACCAGCGCUUGAAUCCAUGGCUUUAUUUUGCAUAAUGGUAAUGGUCUCUGUGAGAUGACAUGGUGACGAGGAUUUGGAGGGAGGUUAGAUGACCAAAACGCUUUUUGUAUUUUAUGUGUGUACUCCAGACUGUCCUCUAAAAGAUAGAGAAAUAAGGGGAAUAUUUUUUUAAACAACAAAAAACCCAUCUUGUUUCAUGUGAAGAACACUGUGCUGAUAAUGUUAGAAACCUCCUGAAUGCUCUGAUAUUCAACAUAGAGAACAAAAUGUGUGUGAUGACGUUUAACUUAAAAGGUCUCCUCGUGUGGGCAUCAUAAGUAUGUCAGGAUACUAUCUGUACUUCAUGAAGCUACAUAACACCAUUUAUACACCUGCCUUAGAACUGCCAUAGAAGUGUCUUACAUGUCCAUUUUGUCUGACCAUUUAGUUGGCAUUUCUAAGUAAGGCAUCAAUGAAUUGUGUCAUGUAGCUCUCUGUAUAGCUGUUUAGUGAGUAACACUUUACUUGAACAUUAUUGUACACACCUAACUAUAGUUAACAGAAAUGACAUUGGUAAUGUUAUUACUGUUUAUGAACUAUGUAUGAUCUCUGGUCGUGCUUAUGAUGGAGGGAGGGUUCAAGCUAAGUGUUACGGCAUGGGUAAUGUAAUGUGUGUCUGCACACAGUUACGGUAUAGUGUUAAAGUGAAGUGGUCCACCAACCAAUAGACUCGUUGACCUGUUGUCAUGUUAACUGUGAGAACUGAAGACCAGAGCAGGAAGUGUGUCUGUGUGUGGCGUGCUAAGCCAGACUGCUUUGGGUACCGUACUGUUUCUCUGUCAACCACAUGUGCAAGCUGUGUUUGUACAGACAAUGUUAAGAUGAUCUGAUGAGAAACUAAGUUUGCUUUUUUCCAAAACCAAUAAAAGUGAUGAACUGGACAUG